GCCGCGCUCGCCGCCGCGGCCACCAUCGCGGAGCCGAGCCCUGCGGAGCGGGAACCGGAGCCGGAGCGGGGACCGGAGGCAGCCGAGCCGGGGGAUGCCGGCUCGGAGCGGAGCCGCGCGCGGACGGCGCGCCCCGGACGCCUCCUGCACCCACAGGCCCUGAGGCUGCAGUGCUCACAGGCAGAGAAGGAGACUGAGUCGAGCCCAGGCUGAGCCCUGCCCAGCUGCACUCCGCAGACACCCACCCAGCCCAAGGUAUCCCACCAAGGAGACCUGAUCUUGAGCCUGGAGCCCCGAACCGAUGCUUGAGGAUCUUAUGACCAUGAUCUGGCUACCUUGAGCCUGUGGGGCUACCCAGCCUUCAGCCUGCAUCUCCAGGGCUCUGACUAUCCAGAUCCUGGACCAGCUCCCAAGCCUACUCCUGACCCCGACCUGGGCCGAAGGGACUCCGCAAGCUUUGGGACCCAGCGGGACACAGCAGCAGUCACGUGCAUGCUGGGACCGCGACGAACAGGCUGCCGUGCCCCAGGCCCCCAGAGGCCAGUCUGUUUGCCUCUUGACGCCAUCUGACCCAGGUUCCCCACAUGGGCUGAACGGCCUCCCCUGGGAGCUCACCAUGGGUAUUGGCUCCGCUCUCCAGGCCUGCAGUGGACCUUUGCAGCUUCUGCCUUGAUAUGCCCCUUAGAGAUCUGCAGAGGUGCCUGUUCUCCCCCAAGUCUGGGCUUCUUAUGAACGGACAGCUGGGUGGUGGCAUCGUUGUGCCUGAACAGGACACACCUCCUGUAUGUGCCUGGCUGGAGGCUCCAUCACUUCCUGGGUACUAGGCUCAGUUUACCAGGUGAGUGAGAGGAUGCUGGCGGGGGGCGCGAGGAGCAUGCCCAGCCCCCUCCUGGCCUGCUGGCAGCCCAUCCUCCUGCUGGUGCUGGGCUCGGUGCUGUCAGGCUCGGCCACGGGCUGCCCACCUCGCUGCGAGUGCUCCGCCCAGGACCGUGCCGUGCUGUGCCACCGCAAGCGCUUUGUGGCAGUACCUGAGGGCAUCCCCACCGAGACUCGCCUGCUGGACCUAGGGAAGAACCGCAUCAAAACGCUCAACCAGGACGAGUUCGCCAGCUUCCCGCACCUGGAGGAGCUGGAGCUGAACGAGAACGUCGUGAGCGCCGUGGAGCCCGGCGCCUUCAAUAACCUCUUCAACCUCCGGACGCUGGGUCUCCGCAGCAACCGCCUGAAGCUCAUCCCGCUGGGCGUCUUCACCGGCCUCAGCAACCUGACCAAGCUGGACAUCAGCGAGAACAAGAUCGUCAUCCUGCUGGACUACAUGUUCCAGGACCUGUACAACCUCAAGUCGCUGGAGGUCGGCGACAAUGACCUCGUCUACAUCUCCCACCGCGCCUUCAGUGGCCUCAACAGCCUGGAGCAGCUGACGCUGGAGAAGUGCAACCUGACCUCCAUUCCCACCGAGGCGCUGUCCCACCUGCACGGCCUCAUCGUCCUGAGGCUCCGGCACCUCAACAUCAACGCCAUCCGGGACUACUCCUUCAAGAGGCUGUACCGACUCAAGGUCUUGGAGAUCUCCCACUGGCCCUACUUGGACACCAUGACACCCAACUGCCUCUACGGCCUCAACCUGACGUCGCUGUCCAUCACACACUGCAACCUGACAGCCGUGCCCUACCUGGCCGUCCGCCACCUGGUCUAUCUCCGCUUCCUCAACCUCUCCUACAACCCCAUCAGCACCAUCGAGGGCUCCAUGUUGCACGAGCUGCUCCGGCUGCAGGAGAUCCAGCUGGUGGGCGGGCAGCUGGCCGUGGUGGAGCCCUAUGCCUUCCGCGGCCUCAACUACCUGCGCGUGCUCAACGUGUCUGGCAACCAGCUGACCACGCUGGAGGAAUCGGUCUUCCACUCGGUGGGCAACCUGGAGACGCUCAUCCUGGACUCCAACCCGCUGGCCUGCGACUGCCGGCUCCUGUGGGUGUUCCGGCGCCGCUGGCGGCUCAACUUCAACCGGCAGCAGCCCACCUGCGCCACGCCCGAGUUCGUCCAGGGCAAGGAGUUCAAGGACUUCCCCGACGUGCUGCUGCCCAACUACUUCACCUGCCGCCGCGCCCGCAUCCGGGACCGCAAGGCACAGCAGGUGUUUGUGGACGAGGGCCACACGGUGCAGUUCGUGUGCCGCGCCGACGGCGACCCGCCGCCCGCCAUCCUCUGGCUCUCGCCCCGAAAGCACCUGGUCUCAGCCAAGAGCAAUGGGCGGCUCACAGUCUUCCCCGAUGGCACGCUGGAGGUGCGGUACGCCCAGGUACAGGACAACGGCACGUACCUGUGCAUCGCGGCCAACGCGGGCGGCAACGACUCCAUGCCCGCCCACUUGCAUGUGCGCAGCUACUCGCCUGACUGGCCCCAUCAGCCCAACAAGACCUUCGCCUUCAUCUCCAACCAGCCGGGCGAGGGAGAGGCCAACAGCACCCGCGCCACUGUGCCUUUCCCCUUCGACAUCAAGACCCUUAUCAUCGCCACCACCAUGGGCUUCAUCUCUUUCCUGGGCGUCGUCCUCUUCUGCCUGGUGCUGCUGUUUCUCUGGAGCCGGGGCAAGGGCAACACGAAGCACAACAUCGAGAUCGAGUAUGUGCCCCGGAAGUCGGACGCGGGCAUCAGCUCCGCCGACGCGCCCCGCAAGUUCAACAUGAAGAUGAUAUGAGGCUGGGGCGGGGGGCAGGGACCCCCGGGCGGCCGGGCAGGGGAAGGGGCCUGGCCGCCACCAGCUCACUCUCCAGUCCUUCCCACGUCCUCCCUACCCUUCUCCACACGUUCUCUUUCUCCCUCCCGCCUCCGUCCCCUGCUGCCCCCCGCCCCCCGCCAGCUCUCACCACCUGCCCUCCUUCUACCAGGACCUCAGAAACCCAGGCCUGGGGACCCCACCUGCACAGGGGCGUUGACAGACUGGAGGUGAAAGCCGAGAGACCGACAUACGGCAGAGUCAGUAAUUCAAUAAAAAAGUUACGAACUUUCUCUGUAACUUGGGUUUCAAUAAUUAUGGAUUUUUAUGAAAACUUGAAAUAAUAAAAAGAGAAAAAAAACUAUUUCCUAUAGCUAGUCGGAAUGCAAACUUUUGACGUCCUGAUUGCUCCAGGGCCCUCUUCCAACUCAGUUUCUUGUUUUUCUCUUCCUCCUCCUCCUCUUCUUCCUCCUUUCUCUUCUCUUCCCCUGUGGGGAGGGAUCACUCAGGAAAACAGGAAAGGAGGUUCCAGCCCCACCCACCUGCCCACCCCGCCCCAGGCACCAUUGGGAGCAGGCUGUGGGGGCAGGCCUGGGCCCAGCUCUGGCCUGGCUUUUUGCAGGGAGUGGGUAGAGGGGACAGGUCUGCCAAAGGGGGUGGGAACCUGCCUGCUGGGCUGCCAGGUGGCAAUACUGCCAGGGGUGGGAGCCUGGCUCGGGUGUGGCUGAGAUUCUGGACAGGGCUGGGGUCCUCCUGGGGGACAGCACAGUCAGUGGAGAGAGCCAGGGGCUGGAGUGGGGCCGACCCCAGCCUCCGGUCCCAGCUCUGCUGUUCACUUGCUGUGUGGCCUCAAGCAGGUCACUGGCCUCUCUGGGCCUCAGUCUCCACAUCUGUACAAAUGGGAACAUUACCCCCUGCCCUGCCUACCUCACAGGGCUGUUGUGAGGAAUUGAGAUGAUGUAUGUGAAACACUUUGUAACCUGUAAAGCGCUGUGCACACGUG